AUGGUUUUCCCCGAAACAUUUGGAGGUGAUCCUAUCGUUAUCGACGAGCACUGCGCCAUCUCCUUUGUGCCGCAGGCGCGGGGUUAUUUUCUUGCGGUUGCCUGCAAUACCUCGCAGCGACGCGUCAAAGUACGCAUGGACCUGACACUCUCCACACGCUACUGUGUCUUCUUGCCAGUGGUGGGGACUGUUCACGUGGGGCCAAUGAUGAUUGAAGCCACCAUUGCACCGUAUCGGGUGCGCAACGUUGGCUUAGUGGGUCCAGAGAAGGGUGCACUACCGAUGCCACUUGAGCAGCUAUUGGUGUGCUUGAAUUACGACAUGCAUGUUUUUAUUGAGGAGGAAACGGGCGUUAUGUUGCCUGUGACGAAGUGGAAGAAGGGAACGAAAGCAACAUCCACAGAUCCUAUGCCAUGUACGUUGUUACCGUCAACCUUGGCGGGUGCGUGGCCCAGUUGGUUGUCACAUCUGCGGGUGCAUGAAUUUACGGUAUGUAAGCGAGAUGUGACUUUGGCGGCCCAAGGUGGGGAUGAAGGCCAAGCGAAUAAGGUGCUGGUCCAGAUCGACGAGAUCGCUGGCGGUUUGGCAUACCUUCUUAGCGCUGUAAACAAAGGGCGUACACCGCGCCGUGUUCUGCACAAGUAUUCAUGUGAAGGAAAAGGUGCACCUUCUGUUUGUUUUGUGCCAAUGGACGGCCGUGAGUGUGAGGACGCUACCACGAUUACGGGGUAUGUGCCUGGUGGAGGCGAUGUUGCCCUCGGGUGGGUGGUAAGGCUGGAUGCAGAGACAUCACCUAGCUGCGAUCUAUUACUCUCUUUGCAGGCCUGGACGGCCACCGCUUGCAGUCCUGCCUCGACGGAUGUCAUGCAUCCACAGGGUGGGAAGGAUAGUACACCGAUCAAAUCAACUCCCAUAACGCGAAUCACCUCUGUGUCCACUAGAACAUUUAUGAACUCUCAGCGGAGAUCCGGUUCUGGGGCUGCUAAGGGUGGUGUCUUAUUGGACUCUUCGCCGCUGGUUUUUUUUUUGGGGCAUGCUACCGUUGAAAGUUUAUCCCCGCCGAAAUCCUUGCCGUCUUCCACAAACGCACGUGCGUCAAUUACCACAACGGAAAAUGCGAACCAAGCAACAGAUUCAGUUACAUUCAUGUCGCCACAAGAGAUAGCUAAGAGGAAGGGUUUGGCAAGGCAGCAGAUUUCACUGCUAGGCAACAUCUCUGGUAAUGGGGUUCAGACGCCGGAGAGGAGGGAGGUGGGGAGAUUGCCUGCAGUUCACGAGCGGGAGGAGAAGUCGGAGGAUAAUAAUGGGGCUGGAAAUGAGUCACAUUUAGGUACUGGGCAUGGGGAUCGCACAUGCGUUCUCGAGGGGCAUUAUGUGCCUCAUUUGAGACGAGGAAAAAGACAAGUUUAUUCUGACAUUAAACCCCAGAUGGAGACGGAACUUGAACGUUCCACGGCGUCAUUGGGGGUAGCGCACACCUGCCGGGAAAGAGUGGCUGGAGCCACAGAAGAGGAAACGGCAUCUACUUUCACGGCAUGCGUGAGUCACGCACUGCGGCAUCUGGACUGCGAGGAGGCACUGAAGAGGAUUUCUAUAGAAACGGCUGAGGCGACAGCGUGGAAAGUUUGCCUGUUAGAGUGGCAGCAGCCGCUCUGCAUCAUUUGCGCCAAUCCCAUCCCCUCCUGGGCACUGUUUGUUGCGGAACCCUCAACUGGCGAAAAAUUCCACUUUAUGUGCUAUGCAAAGAGGCGGCAGUCACUGCAGCAACAGACGCAGCGCUAUUUUAACGAUGCAACGCAUUGCUCGGCCGAUGUAUUGAUUGGACGGGAGCAUUCCACAGAAAGUCUUCUCUGA